AUGUAGCACAGGACCGGCAUCUGGGCCUUGGCUAGAAAAUAGCAUCUCAUUGGAGUUUAUAACGUUGGGUCCGCAGGUCCUUGCUUCUUGCUCCCUGCCCUACAUAGUCCUCAACCGAAUCGCGGAGACAUUCUCGAACCAUGGCCACAGGUGGCUUCUUCAAGGGGGGUACUAGCAUAGACAUUGUUGCAAUUAUCGCAAACAGCUAUGAUGUCGAUACCGUCCGAGAGGCAGUGAAAAUGUACAUUGUGGCCAAAAAGAAAAAGGGUCGUUCUGAACAACAUAUACACGAGAAAUUAGGAAAAUUGGAGAUCAAGUUCAAGCAGAUAGAGGCGUUCCAUCCCGCCUGGAGAGACGCUCGAGCGUUAUUCCAGAUUCGCAAAUCUGAUCACAUCCCCAUGUCCAUUGUUCGCGAGCGAUAAAACGCUCAGCGUCGCCAAUUGGAGUGGGAGUCGUCCUCAAUAGUGAUGCAACAAGAUAUUGUUCAGUCGUAUGUAAAUAAUUAUGUAAUAAU